GUCCGGUCAUGGAUGGAGCCGCAAUUCGCGUCUCGACAUGCCAGGAGCAUGUCAUUCCCUUUAAUUUCUUUGCUCGCCUUAUCGAAGAGUUUGCGAAGGUCAAGCCGCAAAGGGCCACUCAGUGUUCAGCACCCUGCAGUUUCAGGAAACACAUUGAUGUAUUGGACUCUUGGAUCGCAAGGCUUGAUCGACCAUUGCCACCAGGCACAGGCGCGGUUCUGUUUCGUUUACUAUUUCCAUGCGAAGAUAAAGACAGAAAGUACAACUUGCAGGAGAGUAAACUCUCCCGUUUGUUGGCGGAUAUCUUCGUCGUGGAUGUUGGAUCCGGCAAGCGGGGGCAUCGGCUUUCCACCUGGCAGGACUCAGACGAGGGCUGCCUCGGACGUGAGGUACAAAUGAUUCUCAUGGAAGUUUAUAGCGGUGAAGACCAUCCGACCAACCCGACAAUACAUGAAGCUGAUUCUUUAUUGGAGGAAUUGGCUGCGACCUCGCCGUGGUCCAAUAUCAAGUUCUCAACGCCUUCACCUCAACGACGUUCAGCUAAGCGGAUCCUCUCCGACUUAUACCGGGAUCUCACUCCUUUCGGAGCGGCGGUGAUGACCCAGGUCUUGCUUAAGGACCUUCGCCCCUUGGCGUAUCCCCAACCGGCAGCAAGCAUGUCCGCCUCGCUGAUUGAUUUCAAUUCCAAGGCCUACGAGGAAAUUACGCCGCACAUGGCUAUGCGGGCUUGGCAUCCGAAAAUGUGCUACCUAUACAAGACGAACAGUAAACUGGAUGCUGUCGCCGAUGCCGUUGAGAAGUUGGAAUCAUGGGAGGCAUCUGUCCAACCGGGGAUCCGACUCGAUCCAUUUUCGCCAAUGGUCGGGGUUCCCGUAGAGAUUGCCAAGUGCGUUCAAGGCCAUUCGUACAGUUAUGCUCUCAGCCGGCUUGUCGGGUCAGAACGGGUGUACGCCGAAACGAAGUACGACGGGGAACGGAUGCAGAUACAUGUGGAUUUUUCCCAGCCAGCUAGUUCGCAAAUCCGAAUUUUUAGCAAGAGCAAACGCGACAGCACGCAAGACCGCAUCGCCACGCACAGUAUCAUCCGAGCCUCUUUAGGGAUACACCCUGGAAGCAAGGCACAUGAGAAACUGUUGGAGCGUCUUGGAUCAAGCACUGCAAGAACAUCUGUCAUACAUUCCGCCAUUCUGGAAGCAGAAAUGGUAGCCUAUUGUGAGCUGUCAGCCGAUAUUGACAAAUUCUGGCGCAUUCGAGGUAUCCUCGGAGCUACUGCCCGGGGUGUGCGACGAAGGGCCCCUCGCAAGGCUAAAUACGAUUCUGAUAUAUCCGACAGCGAGGACGAGACCCGCUUCGAGUUUUCUGAAACUCAAGAUUCACUGGUAUCGAACGGCACCGCUUCCGAAACCCGCCACUUCAUGCUCGUCUAUUUCGAUAUUCUACAACUCAAUGGAACAAGCUUGUUGAGAAGACCGUACGAGCAUCGAAGAUUCGUGUUGAAACAGGUCAUUGCUCCUGUAACUGGAUUUACUCGAAUUGCGCGGUCUCUAACAAUAGGCCUAGGUGGAUCACAAUCUUCUGCUUCGCUGGAGCGAUUGCAACAACACUUUAGGCGGGAGACAGAAGAAUACAAAGAAGAGGGCAUUGUUCUGAAAGCAGGAGAGUCUGUGUACAAUGACUAUCAAAAGCCAUGGAUCAAGAUCAAGCGCGACUACAUCAGAGGAUAUGGUGAUACCCUUGACUUUGUCAUCCUUGGCACUGGAUGGAGCAAGGAACGCGGUCGAGAACUCAGAGUGGGCCCAUCGGUUAACACGACCUUUCAUGUGGGUUGUGUCACGAACAUGGCGGAAGUCAAACUUCAACGAUCUGUUCGACCCCAUUUUGAGGUGUACUUCACUGUUGAAUAUGGAUUUUGCCGAGACUCCGAUUGCACGUUGGUCGACCUCAUUCAGUGACACAUUCUCAACCCUCGAAGCAUUUUUCAUUGCGUGUGGCUGGUGUGCGGAACGAACACUGCCCAUACGGAAAACCUUUCGCCAUGGCGUCGUAUUUAUUAAUUAUUCUCAAUCCCACACGAUCAUCGAUACCCUCAGAACAAUGCAAUACGAUCUUCAGCAACGGAAUAGCGAUGUACGACUACGGCUCUUAGUGUGUAUGCCGGAGGAACUGGAGGCCAGCGCCGGGAAUGAGGAACAUGUAUUACGACCAUUGUGGGUGUCUGACUAGCACGCAUUCAU